AUGGCUUACGAAGAUGAAUAUGAUGACUACGAAGAAGAGCUAAGAAGUGACCGUCGGCGGCGUCUUCAGCUUUACCUUCUGAUUAUGUUGCUGGCUUGCGGCAUUGGUCUCGGGGUUUUAUGGAACAGGAUUGUCAUCACGGUGCAGUCCGGUGAGGCUGGCGUUCUGUAUCGCUGGCUUUCCGGAACGGAAUUGUCGCGGAUCUACGGUGAGGGGCUUCAUAUCAUCUGGCCGUGGAACAAGAUGAACAUCUACAAUGUCCGGCUGCAGACCAAAGAGCGCAAUUACACGAUGUUGACCAGAGACGGUCUUCCGGUCGAUCUGCAAAUCGCAGUGCGCUAUCAGCCUGAUGUACGUCUUUUGCCUUUGUUGCACGUAACGGUUGGCCCGGACUAUCUGGAAAAAAUCGUAUUCCCGGAAACCGAAGCCGUCCUGCGCCGAUCAGUCGGCCAGUACACGCCUGAACAGGUCUACACAUCCAAACGCGGAUUUCUUGAAACAGUCGUAAUUCGAAGUCUGACGAGUGUCGAAGACCGUUAUGUUAUCGUCGAUGAUGUUCUCGUUCGGAACGUCGAACUGCCGGCGGCUGUGCGGUUGGCCAUCGAAAACAAACUGACCCUGUCUGAACAGGAAAAGGCUUACACCUAUCGCCUUCAGAUCGAGCAGAAGGAAGCGGAACGCAAGGUUAUCGAGGCAGAAGGCAUCAAGAAAUACCAGAACAUUGUCAAACAAAGCCUGACGGAGGAUCUGCUGCGCUGGCAAGGGGUUCAGGCAACCAAGGAUCUGGCCUCGUCUCCGAAUUCCAAGACAGUUGUCAUCGGUUCCGGCAAGGAUGGUUUACCGCUGAUUCUGGGCAGUGACCGAUAG